UGUGCCCAAGAGGCAGGAGAACAGCGGAGCCAACAUCUGGAAACGAGAAGCGGAUUAAAACCAUGUUCAUUUAAAAUGACUACAUUUGACUAAAAGAAAAGAAGGGACAAGAAAAAGAAAUCAAUGGUACAGAAAAGCAGCAUGUCUAGGACGCCAUCGACUUCCACCCAGGAGAUUCAGAUGGAGAUUUUUGAUAACCCCACUCUACAGGGCAAGUAUGGCAAAAGGAAGAGUCGCUUUAAACGCUCUGAUGGAAGCACCUCCUCGGAUACCACCUCUAAUAGCUUUGUGCGACAGGGCUCAGCAGACUCGUAUACGAGUCGACCUUCUGAUUCGGAUGUGUCUCUGGAAGAGGACCGUGAGGCUUUAAGGAAAGAAGCAGAAAGGCAAGCCCUUGCAACACUUGAAAAGGCCAAGACAAAGCCAGUUGCAUUUGCUGUGCGGACAAAUGUUGGCUACAACUCAGGCCCAAACGAUGACGUUCCUGUCCAGGGAAUGGCAAUUUCCUUUGAGGCUAAAGACUUCCUUCACAUUAAAGAGAAGUACAAUAAUGAGUGGUGGAUUGGUCGGCUGGUUAAAGAAGGCUGUGAAGUGGGCUUCAUUCCCAGCCCGGUCAAGCUGGAAAACACACGACUCCAGCAAGAGCAGAGGAUGAGGCAGGGUCGGCUCAGCUCAAGCAAAUCCGGUGGAAACUCCAGCUCCAGUCUGGGUGAUGUGGCCAUGGGUGCACGCAGACCCACUCCGCCUGCCUCAGGUAAUGCAGAGCUAUCUAAUGUCACCUUUGACAUAGACGCUCUUGAUUUAGAUGCUGAGGAGGCAGCAGAGCCCCAAGGUGAUCACCGCUCCCCCAAAACCAGUGUUAGCAGUGUCACAACCCCCCAGGCGAACGCCAAGCGCGUGCCCUUCUUUAAGAAGGUGGAGCACAUCCCUCCCUAUGACGUGGUACCGUCAAUGAGACCCAUCAUCCUUGUGGGGCCAUCUCUAAAGGGCUAUGAGGUGACUGACAUGAUGCAGAAAGCCUUAUUUGAUUUCUUAAAACACAGGUUCGAAGGCAGAAUAUCAAUCACAAGAGUGACAGCUGACAUAUCCCUGGCCAAACGUUCUGUGUUGAACAAUCCAAGCAAACUGACCAUCAUCGAGCGGUCCAGUACAAGGUCCAGUCUAGCUGAGGUGCAGAGCGAGAUUGAGCGCAUCUUUGAGCUAGCCCGGACUCUGCAGCUUGUAGCCUUGGAUGCAGACACUAUCAACCACCCAUCUCAACUAAAUAAGACAUCCCUGGCACCAAUCAUUGUUUACAUAAAAAUUGCCUCUCCUAAGGUGUUGCAGAGGCUGAUCAAGUCCAGAGGCAAGUCUCAAGCCAAACACCUCAAUGUGCAGAUGGUAGCAGCAGACAAGCUGGCACAAUGCCCACCGGAGUUAUUUGACAUUAUCCUUGAUGAGAACCAGCUGGAGGAUGCCUGUGAACACCUGGCAGACUACCUGGAGGCAUACUGGAAGGCCACUCACCCCCCAAGCAGCAAUCCUCCAAAUCCACUGUUGAAUCGCACCAUGGCCACGGCAGCCUUAGCCUCCAGCCCAGCGCCCGUCUCAAACCUGCAGGGCCAGUAUUUGGUGCACGGGGAGCAGAAGCGAGAUGGCCCACUUUCAGACCGGACCGGACUACAUGAGUACCAGACUGACCCAGAGAAGCAGCCCUACCUCCGUUCUGUGAGAGCGCCAGGCAGAGGAACUAGUAGAGGUCUUUCCAGACAAGACACCUUUGAUUCUGAAACUCAAGGUAGCCGAGAUUCAGCCUACACAGAGGCAGGGGAUUCCUGCAUGGACAUUGAAACUGAUCCGUAUGAGGAACCAGAGCCCUAUGGCAGCGGCCCAUAUCGAAGUGGACAGCACCGUCAUCAACUACAUGUUCACAAACAGCGUCAGGCAUCCUGGGAGGAUGAAGGAGCUGAACCAGAGCAGGAAAAUCUUAACAGAACCUCACAUCAGAGCCAGCAACGACAACAGUCCAGGUCCAAAGCCCGGGAUCGGUACUGCCAGAGUCAGGAGCCAAUGCUCAAUCGCAACAAGAAUGAAAGUGUGGAAGACUGGGGACAUGAUGUUUACAUCCGUUAAGCACUUUCAUGCAGGGAAGGAGCUGGAGAUUAAUGACAAAUGGUUUGCUGAGAUGAAAUGCUUUCCAAAUUCCCAAUUUAACCUUAAUACUCAUCCUGCCUUGCACUUGGACACAGAUACAAAUAGCCUUGAAGCAAAUAGGGUUAUUUUUAUGCAGCUUCAGGUCAUCCUUAGUUAUGUCCAAGGCAAAACUCAGCAGAAUAAGACAGCAAAAAAAAAACAAAGGAAAAUCUAUAAAGGAUAUGCCUCUUGACCAGCUGUCUGUCUAAUCUUGACUUUCGUUGGGAUCAGGUACCCACUGACAGUCACCUGCCAUCUAAUAAGCCUUUAAAUAUCUAGAAUCAACCCUGGACAAAACCAUGGAAACUGGUCACGUGACCAAGCUAUAUCAUUAUGAGAAUCUGCACCCUGGUUUGUUGGAUUUGUUAAAUGGGUGAAAUUCUUGUAAACUGUUCCUCUUGCACGUGGACAUGGUGCAUUACUUAUGUACAUUAACUUAUUCCCUGAUUUGCGACAAAAACAAAGAAUGUGUUGCAAAGCAAAAUCAGUUUUGUCAAGACAUGCUCACAAUCUGGGUCUGCUCUUGUCAGCUGGUAACAUACAAAAGCAAAAGCACCCAUGUGAGGGACAGUGCUGUUUACUCUUGCAUCCUCAAAUUCCUGACAUUGAAAAAACUGCCAACACUUUGGUUUCCGGUACUUCCAUUUUGUCACCAGAGGCCGGAGGAGCUUUUGUGCCACGAACACAAAAUAGCAGUACAUUGCCUUUAGGACUUCUCUAAUGAGCUGGCACCAGCCUCGUAUUCACUGCCGUUUGGAGAUCUGGACCUGCUCCUUAAAGCUCCCUUCUUGCACUCUGUACAAGCUUACCUAGCCACUCCUUUCGUAGGCUCCUCUGCUCCUGUGAGCAAUGUUCAGGGAUGUCAAAGCCCAGAAACUGCCUACACAUAUCAGUCAGACCAUUCUGGUCCUUUCCGGAUAGAUCUGGAUGCUGCAACAAGCUCACAUCAUUUUCAAUAGUACUUCAACCCUGGGUCAGUGAUAGCUGUCCAGUGUGACAUCAUGCUUGUCUUCGUAUCUUUUCAACUAAAUUUCUGGUGCCUGAUUGUAGCAAGUUUUUAAUUCUUUACAACUUUUCUUACUGAGUUAACAUGUAAGCGUACAACCAGCUGCUUUUAAACCUGACAGCUACUUCUGGCUGGAUUCUAAAGUCGCUGUGGCUUCAACAGCAAUGUGCAAGCGGGCAUUCAGCAUGACAUGGAGUGACUUUCUAUGGAGCCCCCUUGUGGCAGCCUCACAGUGCCUCAUUCCAAUAUGGAGUUAAACACUGCCAGCGACAGCAGAGAGAGGAGGAGUAAAGGAAGACUUUUUUUUCUUUUUUUGCUUUUUGCAAAAGGCUACCCUUAUGCUGCUCUUUAAGCCGGACCUUGAAAGAAGUCACCUUUGUAAUCCACCAAAUGACCCAAUAUUGUUUUAUACUACAACUGCUCUUUGCAUGAAAGGAAUGUAAAUUAAUGUCUAGCUCCUCUAAUAUCAACCCCACCACCCCCCAAUUUUACAAGAUGUGUACUUCGGCUGUCAAGGGGUGGGUGGUGAUAAAUCAGAAAAGUUUGAUUUGAUGGGCAUGGGACUGAUGUCACAGGGCAACGGCUUUCAGUCUUGAUUUAUGCCCAAGUAAAAGCUCUAAUUCAUUCUAACCAAUGUCUUAAACACAGGCCAAUUUGUGUUAUUGUUUCUGUAUCCUCAUGCAUCUGCCACUUUAAUUAAGCAGAACUAAUAUAUUGAAUUUAAAUACAAGGGGCAGAGAUAAAGAAAGAUGCUUAGCAAAACUCACUAUCAAGAGCCAUGGUCCUAAACUGUAAAUAAUGAAUGAAAGUUCAAAAUGAAAGGGAGAAACCAGACUCAGAAUCCCACAUUGUUCCCAGGUUAUCUCCUAUAGGUUGAAAUCCUAAAUCUUUUAAUUCAACUCUUUCCCUUUUUAACAAAAUACACACAUGAAGCUGAUCCUUAAACAAGACAAGAUACUGUAAUGACACACCAUUAUGAGUAACCAUUUGCCUAGCAGCUAGCAAUUGCUACAACAACAAAGACAUGGUUGAUGUCAUUAUUGCAAAGUGCCAAAGUAACAUAAACACAUAAACAACCAAUAUUGACUGUUAAAACAAAUGCUGAGAAAAUAAUAAUUGUAUCAUAACAAUAGGGCUAAUUAUGCCUGAAACUUGACAAGUGUUUAUUGGCUGAUGUCCUAAUACUCUCAAUCUGUUAAGUGAAGGAUACUAAUUGCAGGAAAUUAAGCUAUAGAUGAGUAUUGCUGUCAUUGUUUAACAGAAAUUCAUCCCAAUCCUUUUUCAUUUGAUACCUUGUUUUUCCUUUUACUUGACAUGAUUUUACCCCAUCAAGAAGUUUUAAAGUUGUGCCUUCAAACUAACAAAUUCUAUAAAGCUAGUCAGAGUCAUCCUAUAAGUAAUUUUGGUCAAUUUUAAGAUUUAAAUCCUGUACAUUUCCCAUUUAUAAAUGUUUGUUUUAAAAGUUGCACUUUUAAGCAUUAUCUUACAAUUGGCAGAUACAAAAUGGGCUAACUAUGAAACAUGCAAAUGAGCAGUCAGUUUUAUAAAUACUUUUAAAACAUUUUUAGCAAAAAAGGACAGAAAAAUUCUAACAACCAACUAGAGGAGUGCUAACCUUCAUGAACCACACAUUGUUGGGUGUCUCUAACACCACAUUAAGCGCCGAUUAAAUCAAGCAUUCAAAUAAUGGCAUAAAUUGGCCUCUGCUCAAGAAGGUGGUAUUAAUAAAAAAAAGCUAGAGCCAAGCCUGAACACUAACAGUUCCUGUUUCAUCUCCCUGUAAAUUAUUAGUGUCAUAGCCAUAUUUAAGGAUAAAGCUUUCCUGUACACUUACUGGGUAUACCCAUUGAUUAUUACCAGAAAGCUGAUCCAGCUGCCUUGGGACACCUUUUCUGUAAACGGCAUGUCUUGAGAAAGCCUGCAUGGUGCACUUGUAACACAGGGUUCCUUUACUCAGGUCCUUAAAAGCAUGGUAGAAAAUGAAGAAGUCUUGCUGAAGUGCACUCAGGUUGUCCUGCAUAUGUACAGAAAAACACCAAGGCCAUGUGCUUAAAUAUUAAAACAGCUCACACCUCCCCAGUAACCAGCGACACUCACAAAAGCAAAAUGUAGAAGGACACGGUCUAUAGGAAAAUUUCCUUGAAUGUAGAGAAUGGCAGACAUGCAAGAUAGCCUUGAGAUUAUGGGAGGCUCUUGCAGCAGGCUGGGAGUGUCUGCUACCACCAACGGCCUUUCAAGACCCUAUAGCUGCCUUCUUGCAUAGUUAUCUGUAUGUGGACCUGAAGGGGGAGUAGAGUGUUUCUAAAUUUGGUGCCUUUCCCUGGAAAGCCGUGCACAUGGCGUGGUGAGUUUGUUGUACCCACAUUACAAAUGCACAUCUGCAGCAUUCUGACAGGGUGGUAUAUUAUGUUAUGUUAGGUUGAAACAAACACUCAAAGCCCUGUCUUGGACUGGGGCAGUUCCGAGUCUUAGCAUGUUUGCCCUCCAUCAGAGAGCAGGGUAAUUCUUUACUUUUGAGGGAAAGCUUGGCUAAAGCAGUUGAACUGACUCAGAAAAACACCCAGAGUUUCUGAAAGCACCAUUACCAAUUUAAGUCAAUGCAAUACAAAGCCCAAACUUUAUCUUGCUGGAAAACCCCUGACUAUUUAAACUGGCCUCAGGUUCCUUAGAUCUUUGAAAAAACAACAGGGUUCAUGUCAGUGACAUGGAUUCAUGUAAUACUAAAUGAUUAAAAAAUUAGGAACCCAGACUUAUGGUUCUUUGUGAUCUUUGAUCAUACUGUAAUUUAGAAAAUGCAGGCCCUCAGAUGAAACAGUACACUAGUUUCAUCUGUUGGCACAAACAACUCAUUAGUAAAUUAGUCAGGGACAAUUUGGGCUCUCAGUGUUAGCACUCUCUACAGAGACAAUACGUUCUUGCACUAAAUCACAUUUUUAAGGCUGUCCGUCUGACAUUAGUUUAGAUACCCCCAAGCCUGUUCUGAAAAUGUUAAGCUAAUUUGGCUUUUGCAUGCAUGCUAAUCAAAAAGGACUGAACAGAUGUCCCUAAAUUUUGUAAGCCUCCAAUAAGGUGAUUAUAAUCCAUGAUAUUCUUGGGACAAACCUUACAAUUCUGCCAUAUCUAUACUGCCCUGUCCUGGAAAGUUUGCUAUUAAAGUUCAUCACUUUGGUGCCAAUUAUUACCAUUACUUUUAUUUUUGCUGAAGUUGGUUCUGAACUAUUUGGUUGCAAAAUAUAUUUGCUUUUGUGGGGCAAGGUCAAAAUGAUAUUGUUAAGGGAGGGCAGCAAUUCUGUAUAAUGUGUAUUAGUAGUCUUUUAUCUGAUGCACCUGAUUGAAGCUGUAACGGUAGCUUAUUAAUAGCUUUUUUAUUUAACUUUUUUAAAUCUUUUAUACUAAAGGAACGGACUUGAAUGGACAUUCUGUAAAUCAUGCCAAGCUCUCUUCUGUUUCAAGCUAAAGAGGUUUUGGCCUUGUCCCCAAACAAAGUGCCAGCGUCAGAUUGCCCACUGAUAAGUCCUUACCCCAGGGUUGUCAUGCUAAUUUCCUGGAGGGCUGCAGUGUCAUUUGCUUUUCAUUUUCCUCUUCUUCUGUAUGUAUGUACAGUUAUGCUCUGUCUGAUAAAUGGUCACAUUUUACAAGGCUGUGCUGUAAUCACAAGGGUAACUAAACAAAUAAUAAUUUUUAAAUAAAUAGAUAAAUAGGUGAAUCAAUUUAAUGAUUCAACUGGAAUGAAAACCAGAAAUUGCUACAGCACUUGAGGACGGCAAUUUGACACCUCUGCUUUACACUCAGAAGAGUACCGAACCCCAGCAUGGAGCUGGAUGCUGCUUCAGAAACCCUCUGAUCAAUGUUUUACAAGCCCAGUGGCUAUGUAAUUAAUUAGUUAAUCAAAAGUAGCAAGUGUCAUGCACUAUUACGCAUGCAUACACACACGCACACAUAUACAAAUAUACCUUAAAUUCACACUCACAAACACAUAAAACUAUAUAAAUAUAUAUAUAUAUAUAUAUAUAAAUGAAUAUAUAUGUAUACACAAUUUAAAUAUAUAGAUAUAUAUAUAUAUGGUACAUGCAGUGUACACCCAUUAGAUGUAAAUAACACACACAGAAAGAGAGACAGACUGAAAGUAUUUUGAAGGUUAUGCUAAUGACAAUUUAGUACUGUGGGUUACUUGACAGAAUACUGUGUGUGUACUAUGUGUGCUACAAAACCAAGAACACUGCAGGGCACAAGAUUGAAACUGCCCAUACCGUUGUUCUACCACCAACAAUAUGUCACCCUGUUGCACUCUGCUGCCAACAAUUCACUGGUGCUGCUGGACAUUUUGAUCAUUGCUGCAAAAUGCUGUUUUUCUGUCUCUAUUCCUAUGUGUGUUACUGAAAUCCAAAGUGUGUAUAUAUGUAUGUAUAUAAAAUUAUUACUUACAGGAUUUAUUUAAUGUGAAAAAGCAAACUUUUGGGAUGCCAUUUUUGUUUUCUUUGGGAAUGUUUAAAAUGUGCUUAAAUGUUUGUAUUAUACUGAUAAAAUUAUUGAAAUGGUGAAUGUAUUAAAGCUGGUAGCUGCUA